AUGUCAAACAAAAGCGGUGCUGAACUCGUUGGUUUCGAAUUCGAAACUGAUGAUUUGGAUUACUUGAUGAAGCGCAAGGCUAGCAACAACAUUACUGAAAAAGAAGAUGAUCAUUCUCUCCUUCCAGAGAUGUAUGAAGAAAUUCUUGUGAAACUCCCUGCUCAGUACCUUUACCAAGACCUUAGACUCGUCUGCAAAUCAUGGAACAAUAUAAUAUCUCGUAAGAACUUCAUUCUCGACAACUUUUCUAGGACAAAACCCGUUUUCCUCGUACAAUGUGAUACCUUAUGUAGACGAUCCUACUGCAUGGAAAUCGAUGAACAAGAUCUUAGCUACAGAAUGCCCGAAUUUGGAUUUGACUGCGUAGGGCGGUUUAAGGCCAGCUGUUAUGGCAUGCUCUUGAUGGAAUCCAGGAUAGCAUGGAAUGUCAGGGAGCCAGAGCUACAAGUCUUGAAUUUGGUGACCAAGUGUUGCUUGACACUCCCCGAGUGUCCUUCAGGCUGCGCGCAUAAGGAGUGUGGAUCAGGGCUUGGAUUUGAUCCGUGUACUAAUUUUUUCAAAGUGGUGCACAUUUAUGAUAUGAAGGUAGGCUUUGAGAUUUUCACAAUUGGAGGUUCUAGUAACGAAUGGAAGACGGUUCCUGGACCUUGGAAAGAUUUAUCUAAGCGGAGCUUGUUGAGCUCUGGAUGGGAUGAUCCGGUGUCAGUAAAUGGGAGGUUCUUGCACUGGAAUGUUUUGUCGUAUGAGUACAUUGUUUCUAUGGAUGUGAGUGAUGAAAAAUGCAUCAAAAUUAAACUUCCUUAUAGCGUUGAAUCAUUUACAGACGAGAGCGAAUUUAAUCUGGUAGAGCUAGGGGGAUAUCUUGCCUGCAUAUACUCUGCCUCGAGGACUCAAAUGGAGAUAUGGAUAUUGCAAGAUUUUCAGAGGAAGUUGUGGUUGAAGAAACAUAGCGUUCAUGCGAAGAUGAUCAUAUCAUCUAUAAACCCGGUGCCAAGUUUUACACAAAUUUGCCCGGUUGGUUGUACAAGCAAUGGAGUGGUGGUGUUCACGCACACUAAGAGGCAGAGGCGGAUGUAUAUCUAUGACAUGAAGAGGAAAGCGAUGAAGAAGCACGCGGCUAAGACUAAAAUUGACAAACUCAUAGUUCAUAGAAGCAGCCUUUUCAGAUUGCAGAAUGGAUCAUGCUACAAAAGUUAA